AUGCGUUGGUCUAUUGUUGCCCUGGCCCCUCUGGCCGUCUCUGUUGCCGCUCUUUCCGUGGAUGAGCCCAAGAAGGGAGCCGAAAUUGAUUCUUCCAAGUCCUUCGUCGUGAAGUGGUCUACUGUUGAAUCCGAUCCUUCGAGCUUCGACAUCUACCUCGUGAACAACGCCAUCUACCCCAGUGUCGACAAGAAGAUUGCGACCGGGAUUGAUACCUCCAAGGGAUCCUACACUGUCGACGACCUUGACCUCUCCGCUGGUCAUGGGUACCAAAUCAACCUCCUCUCCGACUCCAAGCUCAACACCGGAAUCCUCGCACAGUCCCAGCAGUUCAACGUGACCGGUAACCCCCACAGUUCCUCUUCUACCACCAUCACCACUUCCUCCUCUUCCACCACCACUGGUGCUUCGACCAAGGAUACUACUCUCAGUGGAACUCUCGUCAAGACUACUUCCGAUGGCACUGCUAUCACCACUGCCACUUCCGCUGGCUCUAGCACUGCCUCCAGUGGCUCUGCGUCCGGCUCUGCGACUGGAACUUCCUCGGCCACCCCUACCACUGUCCCCAAUGGCGGUGCUUCCCUUGUAGCUCACCCCAUGGCCAUCGCUGGAGUCUUCGCCGGUGCCUUGGCUUUUGCUCUGUAA